AGCCAUCUAGCAGAACCGCGGGCAUCGGGUCACCAAGCUCGACAGCGGGCACCGAGUCAUCUGGCAUGACAGCGGGCACCAAGUCACCGGGCAAGUCAGCGGGCACCGAGCCAUCUGGCACGACAGUGGGCACCGAGUCAUCUGGCACAACAGCGGGCACCGAGUCAUCUGGCACAACAGCAAGCAACGAGUCAUCUGGCAGAACAGCGGGCAACGAGUCAUCUGGCAGAACAGCGGGCAACGAGUCAUCUGGCACGACAGCGGGCACCGAGUCAUCUGACACGACAGCGGGCACCAAGUCACUGGGCAAGUCAGCGGGCACCAAGCCAUCUGGCACGACAGUGGGCACCGAGUCAUCUGGCACGACAGCGGGCACUGAGUCAUCUGGCAGAACAGCGGGCAAUGAAUCAUCUGGCAGAACAGCGGGCACCGGGUCACCAAGCUCAACAGCGGGCAACAAGUCAUCUGGCAGAACAGCGGGCAACGAGUCAUCUGGCACGUCAGCGGGCACCGAGUCAUCUGGCACGACAGCGGGCACCGAGUCAUCUAGCAGAACCGCGGGCACCGGGUCAUCUGGCAUCAGGUUAUCUGGCUCGACAGCAGGCACCGAGUCAUCUGGCACUGGGUCAUCAGGC